UAAUUAACCAACUCUUUUCAAAGAUAUUGUUUCUGAAGAAUAAAUGGGUGAUCCACAAAUAGUUGUUGAUCGUUUAACACCAAACGGGACUUCAACUCCUGAACAGAGACAGAUGCAGCCUUCCCUUCAUCUCCUUUCUAGAGAAAAUUCAAACCUUUAUCUCAACAAUUGUGUGCCUUUUUAUAAGGCUGCAUUAAAAGGUGACUGGACAAGUGCCAAAAAAUUGUUACAAAUCGAUCCAACGAUGUUGUGUGCCAGUAUCACAAAGGGACACCAAACUGCUCUUCAUAUUGCGGCAGGAACCAAACAAACUGGCUUUGUAGAGGAGCUGAUAAAGUUGAUGCAACCGAAAGACUUGACUAUGCCGGACCAAAAAGGAAACACGGCCUUCUGUUGCGCCGCUGCAGCCGGAGCUACCGAAAUUGCUAGGAUUAUGUUGAAGAAGAAUCCCGGUCUUUUGACAAUCCGAGGUGGUGAAAAUAAGAUGCCUGUGUUUAUGGCUGCUCUGUUAGCACAAGGAGAGAUGGCAUCUUUUUUAUACGAUGAAUUAUCUCAAGCAAAAUGUGUUUUCGAAUGGGAGGACGAAAUUGAUAUAUUUUUCACUUGUCUCACCAAUGGUUUAUAUGAUCUUGCAUUGAAAAUGCUAAAGGAUCAUCCAAAGUUAGCUGGGGUUCGUGCUGGAAAUUGUGAGACGGGCGAGACGGCCUUACAUGUUUUGGCCCGAAAACCUUCAAAUUUCUCAGCAAAAAUCAAGGUCUAUUCAAGAGGCUUAUCAACUAAUGUUAAUUUCCAACACUUAAAUUGUAGGGUAUCUAUGAUUUUAGUCAAAAUUAAAUAAUC